UAAAGAAACUAGAUCCCUUAGGCCUUACUAAUCAGACAAGACUGGAUCUAUAAUUUACAAUCAUGAGAGAGAGAGAGAGAGAGCAAUUGAUCUCAGCUUUAAACAAAUACUACAACUUCGAAAGCAAAAAGGAUAACGGAUAUAACCGGAAAUUACUACACGGAGUUCUGUGUACGAAGAACUAUUUUAUUUCACCGCUUCCGGUUACAAUUUAUUUUCACCACGUGUGUAUAACUUGAGAUAGAAAAUAUACGAAAAAGAGAAAAAAUAGCCGUCAAUUAUGCAGCACGAUGAGGUCAUUUGGAGUAUUAUCAACAAUACGUUCUGCUCUUUCAAGACAAAGACCCAGACACAAACACUUUGUAGAAAUGAAUUUAAUGUGACAGGAGUGUGUGGUAGGAAUGCCUGUCCCUUAGCCAACAGCCAGUAUGCUACAGUCAGGGAAGAGAAAGGUGUGUGUUAUCUUUAUAUGAAAGAAAUAGAACGUGCAGCCUUUCCACAGAGAAUGUGGGAGAAGAUUCAGUUGGAUAACAAUUUUGAAAAAGCUAUGGAACAGAUUAAUACAAAGAUGCUUUACUGGCCUUCGUAUUAUCGUCGGAAGUGUCGCUUGAGACUGAUAAGAAUUAGGCAGUAUUUGGCCAGAAUGAGAAAACUUGUUUUGCGUAAUAGGCGAAAGUUAGUUCCUUUGCAGAGAAAUAUUGAACGUCGAGAGAAAAGACGAGAGGAGAAAGCAUUGGUUGCUGCCCAACUUGACAAUGCCAUAGAGAAACAGUUAUUGGAAAGACUCAAAUCUGGUGCCUAUAAUGAAGUGUACAACUUCCCAAUGAAGGCAUUUACCAAGGUGUUAGAUGGAGAAGAGGUAGAAGAGGAGGAGGAGGAGGAUGAAGAAGAAGAAGAAGAGAUAGACAGUGAAGAGGAAGGAAACCGAGGGCAGAUUGCAGAGGAGGUGGAAGAAGAGAUGGAGAAAGUGAAAGGCGAGAAGAGUACAUCAAGUUAUGUGGAAUAUGUUCCUUACGAUGAAUUUGAAGAAAGUGAUAUUGAAGAUCUUGAGGAUCUCCGGUUAAGUGAUUACAACUCAAGCAGUGAUGAAGGGGAUCUUGUUGCGAAUGACAACAAUGUGAUGGGAUUCUCAUUACCAACAAAAGACAAGAAACACAAGCAAACAACAACAGAAGACCAUUCUGCCUUAAAGAAGAAGAAGAAGAUGUCAAAGAGAAAACCAAAAGUGAUGAUUGAAUAUGAGACAGAGCUUGAGCAACCUUCAACUUCCAAAGAGAAACUCAAGUAUUGAGGGGUGUAUUGGAGAAGGGGGUGGACUACAGGAGUUGGAUUUGGACAGUCUGUAUUUUUGAUGAGAGUUCUGUGCGUGUGUUUUGUAUGUCUGUCUGUCUGUCUGCCAGUAUGUAUGUGUUACUCUUCUACCUCAAGAGUAUUGCCAUAUCAGUGAUGUGUGUGGGAGGUGAUUUACUGGAUUAUUUUCAUGUAGGAGUGAGGAAGAACGAGUGGGAUAAAGUGUGGUAAUGUGGUGGGCAUAGUUGGAGUGGGGUAUGUAAAUGGGGAGGGGAGAUAAGGCCGAAUAGUGUGAAUGAGAGGAGUUUAAGGGUAAAUGUUGAUGGUGAGGUAAAGUAUGAUGUGUAAAUUAAAUGAAAAAUAAAACUUGACUCUUUA